AUGGCCGACGACACACCCAGACGUUCAGAUGGCCACUCCCAAUCCAAACGUCGACCAGGUAAAAAAUUCAAACAAAUUUCAUGGCUAAUUCCUGCUCAGAUAUGUAUAGAAGUGUUCAAUGUGUGUUAUGGAAGUUGAAUUUUGCAAAAGUAAACUAAUGUGAUGAGUUGAUAUGCUGCUAAACUUGAUGUACACAUAUGUGGACAGAGGAACUUAUUUUUGUUGGUUUUGUUGAACAUGGCCACAAAUGUGGACAGAGGAAGUUUGUUUCGAAUUUGUAUUUUGGAAUAAUUUUGUUAGAAAACAUUCGUUUUAAACAGUACAAACAGAUAUAGCAUGUUUUAUAAAUAAAUCUAUGGAGAUUUGUUUUGGUUUGAAACAAAAUGUUUCUUUUUCUAGUGAGUUAUUCUCUGGAAAAAGCAAUGGAAAUGCUGGGGUUAAUCGGUGGAGACAACUCAGAGGUGGAAGAUUUAUCAGACAUUGAUGAUCCUGUGGGAGAUGCUGAGUAUAAACCUCCACCAAGCAGCAGUGAGGAAGACAGUAGUGGGUGUGAGGACACCAUUCCACAGCCCUGUCAGCCUAUCAGGGGAUGUAAACGUGUCCGUGAUGAAUAUGAAGGAUAUCGGUCAGAUCGUGACAUUGCCAGAUCACGCACCCCCAGGAGUCGCUCUCAGACACAGCAGGAUGAGGCUAGUACUGGACUUUGAGAUUUAUCAAGGUGCAGAUGGACUCCUUGAACAAGUUGAAGAACCAGGGAAUCUGGGUUUGAGAGGCUUGGUGAUCAAUCGUCUGUCUCAGACUCUGCAUCCUAAUACAAAGGUGUACUGUGAUUGAUUCUUCACAUCAGUCCAGGCUGUGGAACACAUGAUGAAGAAGCAGAUGUAUGUAACUGGUACAGUUAUGAAGAAUCGAGUUGCUGCAGCAGUGCAGUGGUUACCAACUGACAAAACAAUGAAAAAAGACAGAAGAGGCACCUCAGCACAAGUUACCACUGAGGAUGAAAAAAUUUGUGUUGUCAAGUGGUUUGACAAUAAACCAGUGCUGAUGAUGUCUACUGUUCAUGCUCAAGAGCCAGAAGACACUUGCCAGAGAUGGGACAAGAAACUGAAACGAUAUGUGACCAUUUCCCAACCAUGUGUUAUCCGUGAAUACAACUCCAAGAUGGGUGGAGUUGACCUUGUUGAUAGAAUGAUGAGUUACUAUCGCAUGAGUGGCCGUACAAAGAAAUGGACACUGCGACUGCUGAUGCACUUUACGGAUCUAGCUUUAGCCAACAGCUGGCUACUGUACCGCAAAGACCUCACUGUGAAUGGCACACCAAAGAAGAACAUCAUGCAGUUCCUUGAAUUCCGUAUGGAAGUGGCCAUGACCUUCUUGGCUCAGCGUGACAAUGACAGCUCUGACUUUUCAGAGCAGGAAGAUGACCCAGACAUUUUAGUCUCAGGGAAAAAGCGUCCAGUGCAGGCAGUGCCCCACAUCUCAGUCCGCAGGAAGGCUAAUGCACAUCUGCCAGAAGUGGUACACUCGAAGAACGCAUCACGAUGCAGAGCAAAAGGAUGCUCAGGGAAAAGUGGAGUGCAGUGUGUUACAUGCAAGGUGUUCCUCUGCUUACAAGGCAGAUCGCAACUGUUACACAGUCUUUCACACACAGGUGUAAACAUUUUCCUCAGGGGAAAAAAUGGAGAAGCACUUUCGGUGUGCAAGUGAGAUGUUUCAUGUUUCAUGCCAUGUUCAGGUAUUGAAAUGAACAGUUCAGGGGCCUCAUUUAUAAAACCUGGCGUAGGAUCCAUACUAAAAGUGUACGUAAGUCGAAAAGCUGAAAAGUGCGUAGGCCCAAAAAAAGUCUGAUUUAUAAAACCCUGCCUACGCACACCUGCAGGCACUUUCCCUUUAUAAAUCACAGACCAGCCGGAAAGUUGCGCAGCAGGGAUUUGAUUCAUUCCCCGCACCCAAAAUUCACCAUGUAUGGUCAUGCAAAGUACCUCAUGAAUGUGAUUUGCGUACAAAUAAGCCUGAUGGAUCCACAGCAUUUCACGAUUAAUCAUGGCAAAUCGAAGAAAGAGAAACUUUUCAGAGAUGGAGGUGGAGGCCCUAGUAGAUGGUGGCGGCGAGACGGGACACCUUAUUCGGCGGCCAUUCGAGUGGCAUCACUAAUAAGAGAAAGGCCACCUAAUGGCACGCCGUUGCUGUGGCGGUUAGUGUAGCUGGCACUGAGCGCAGCGUUGGUGAAAUUAAGAAGAAGUGGUCGGAUCUGAAGAUUGAGGCAAAGAAAAAAGUGGCUUUGCACCGUUGGAGCGUGGCGGCAACAGGUGAGGAUCAGAAAACAGAAGCACGUGUGACACUCAUGCAUGUGUUCCAAAAAAAACUGCUCCGUUAUCCACCGCUGCUUAUGUGGUGAAAGUUCGUAAACCAAAAAGAUUUAGUCGAAAUAUUUAACCUGGAAACUAUUUGUUACAUUUCAAAUUAAAUGCUUAAUCCUGAAAUAAAAAUGUUGAAUGAGAAGUAACUUCUGAAUCAUGCUCGCAAGGUUCCUUUUCUGUGAUGUCGCCAGCACCUUUCAACUUUUGACUGAGCAGAAGUCUACAAAUUUUACACACAGGUGGCGGCCAAACCACAGAGGAACCAACACCACUUCACUGCAAAAUUGCCUCCAUUAUUGGAAGUGCCGGUGUGUGUGGCAUUGUGUCGGAGAGGGAGGGGGACACAGAUUUUGCAAAGACUGAGGAGAGUGGUAAGUUACAAUUUUACCCGUUUAUUGAAUCAAAUGUUUGUACAGACACGUGGCAAGAAAUGAUGUGCAUUGUGUCCUCAGUCACUUUGCAGUUGGAAGCAGUGGGAGAGGAGGUGGAGGAAGAGGAGGUGCGUCCCAGCGCGUCUGGCACACAGGCUGCAGGCCCGUCUUUCCCCAGCACGCCCAGCGGAUCCAGAGUGCGCGGAGGCGGCCAGGUUCUCACAGAGACAGUCCUGCAGACACAGAGGGACACGAUCGGGGCCAUCAGAGAAGUGAGGGAGGAACUGGCACAAAUACGCACAGUCUUGCAGAACAUGUGUGACAUAAUGUCGACGGCAACGGACCCAAUAAAAGAGUUGUUGAAAAAGUAA